ACACGUGGAACAAUCGACGUGUUACGGCGCUAAACUGGCAUCGUCCACCACAACUCCGCAACAAACGCCCGCGAGAAUGUCGCGCAAACGUCCACGUGACAGCUUGGACGAUAUGUCGGGGAACGGUGCUAACAACGGCAACACCGGCCGCUUGACAAUCGACGAGACGGUUUCGAUCACGAUCGAUCCAAACGGGGAGUUGGAAGAUCGUUUAGCGACGCAGGAACAUCAACAACCGGCACAACAGCAGUUACAGGUUGAUGCCACGGCUGCUGCGUCAGCUGAUGGAACGCCUGAUAGUAUGAACGGUAGCAGCCGGCGCUUCAGCAGCAUCCGGAUCGUGGAAGAUAGCAUCGAACCGGGGCAUGCUGAUCACUUUUGGCCACCGAACAAUGACGGUGCACUGAACGGGCACGUAAACUUUGGCCAGCCGGCAGUCGGACGUCCCCGUUCGUCCGAUCCAGUGUCGCCUCCAUCGCUCUCAUCGAAUGGAUCGUCCUCGGUGGCCACAUCGUCCGGAUUUGCUAGCCAAAAUGCUACGAGCGGCGUCGAGCAUAGCCCACCGGUGACUAUCUGCAAACAGGCACCAUAUUCCACAGAAUUGGACGCGAUUCGGGAGCGUGAACGAUGCGACUAUUCACAAAAAAUCACUUACCAGAUGGCCCGUUCCGGAACUGCGCCGCGUAUGAUCCGAGUGUACGCAGACGGUAUCUAUGACCUGUUCCAUCAGGGACAUGCAAGACAGCUGAUGCAGGCCAAAAACGUCUUUCCCAACGUGUACCUGAUCGUUGGAGUUUGCAACGACAAACUGACCCACAGCCGGAAGGGUCGAACGGUGAUGAACGAUGAGGAACGUUACGAAGCAGUACGACACUGUCGCUACGUUGACGAGAUUGUGCGAGAUGCGCCCUGGGAGUUAGAUGAUGAGUUUAUUGAGAAGCAUAAGAUUGAUUUUGUGGCCCACGAUGAAAUACCGUACAGUACGGAUGACUGCAAUGAUGUGUACGCAAAGAUCAAAGCCAAAGGUAUGUUUGUGGCAACGGAGCGUACCGAAGGUGUGUCCACGUCCGAUAUCGUCGCAAGAAUCGUUAAGGAUUACGAUAUCUACGUGCGCCGUAAUCUGGCCCGAGGCUACACAGCGAAGGAGCUGAAUGUGUCGUUCCUGUCGGAGAAAAAGUUCCGCUUCCAGAACAAAAUGGUCGAGCUGAAGGAUAAGGUGCGCAAGGGCAAGGACGAUUUCAUCACCAAAUGGGAGGAACGGUCAACCGAUCUGAUUAAAACGUUCCUGCUAAUGUUUGGCAAAGAGCGAAUCUCAAUGUUUCUGUCCGAUUCGAAGCAACGCAUCCGUUCGGCACUCAGCCCACCGGGCAGUCCGGGCAGUGGCAGCAAUCACAGUCUGAACGAUUGUGAGGACGAUCUGGAAAGUCCCGAUUCCGUGCUUGAUUCACCGCCGAGCAAACGUUCCAACGUUAUUCGAAGCCGCCACCAUCUACUGUCGGAGGAGGAUGAUGAGGAGCAAGCGUUGUACGGCUCGCGUUCACCUGCACCGGUGCUCGAGGAUGACGAAGAUGACGAUGAUGACGAUGACGAGGCGUACCUGGACACACGCUCGCGGCCCUCAUCUAACUACAACAUUUCGCUAAUGGCGGGCGGGGACGGUAACGGUGCGAGUGCAACGGUCAAGAGCAGUAGUAGUAGUAGUAGCAGUGGUGGCAGUCGAACCUAUGGCAAUCGUAACUACUAA